AUGGUGCAGACAGACGCAAAAGGAGCAUAUAACGGCGCAACGAGACGCCCUUGCGAAGACGAGGUGAUACCUACCGCGCAUUCGACUACUUCAAAACGGCCACUGCUUCACAAUCUUUAUGCAUAUCUCUGCAUAGUACUUCUUUUGAUUAACUAUUUCCUCGCACAGUACGACAAGUUCAUACUAUCAUAUUUCCAGACCUCUGUGCUAGCUGACCUUUCACUGAGCUCCACACAAUAUGGGCUGCUCUCCGGUUACGCAACAGGAAUUGCCUACGCCAUUCUCGCACUACCCAUCGCCUUCCUCUCGGACUAUACGUCAGCUCGCGUAUGGGUACUAUGUGUCACGGCAGCAUGGUGGAGCUUGUGCGUGAUCUUCCAGUCUCUAGCGAACAGUUUUGGUCAGUUGUUCUGCGCCAGGCUUGGAAUGGGUAUUGGACAGGCGAGUGUUGAGGCACUAUCUAUCAGCCUCAUCAGCGACUUGGUGGGAUGGAGAAAUGUGUUCAUUGGAGAGAGCAUACUUUAUGUGGGGGUAUACAUUGGCGAAGCCAUCAGUGGUCAAAUCGCCACUGCCUUUGCGGAGACUGGUACGAGCUGGCGCAUCGCCUUGCGGGCGAUCGGUAUCACGGGAUUGGUCGUCGUAGUACUGUUACGAGUCUUCUUGAGGGAACCGAAAAGAAGAGCAAGUCUGGUUCAGAUCAGCGCACGAGAUUACAACAACAGCGUAAAUGAAGAAUUCGCCGAUAUACCAUACCCCACCCAAGGCGCGUCAGGACUACAAACCGCGAAGUCUGACUUGCUCGCUACCUUCACCUACAUCCUCCGCAUGAACUCAUUUUGGAUUCUUGUUCUCUCUGCCGGCUUCCGUCAGCUGAGCGGGAACGUCUUCGGAUAUUACAUGCCCAGCUAUCUCGGCGGUACGUAUCCUUCGCACACCGAGAUCUUCUCCCGUUACGGCAUCAUUGUUGGUGUCGUCGGAUCAGUCGCAGUGCUAAGUGGCGGCAUUCUCACCUCGGUGCUAUGGCCGCGUACCAAAUUGACGCCAAUAUAUCUAACAAGUAUCGGAGGCAUGAUAAGCUCCCUGUUCGUCCUCCUCAUGGUCUUCUCGCGCGACAUAGCCGAUGGCUCAGAAGACCGAGGCAUCAAAAUUCUUUACGGGGCCAUGAGUCUCGCAUACCUCACCGCGGAACUGUGGCUAGGCUGCCUCUUUGCUCUCAUUGCUUUGCUUCUUCCACCGCGCUACAAGACGUUUGGUCUUGCCAUUUGGGGUAGCGUACAGGUACUCAUCUAUUCUUCAGGUCCACAAAUCAUUGGCCUAGCAUUGAUGGACGAGGAUACGACAAGUGAGAAUUAUGGGAAGGCCACCCAGUUGUGCUUGGCUGUUAUUAUCACUGUGGGCUAUUGGCUCGCCGGUAUCGGAUUCCUAUCCUCCAUACCGUUAGUGAAAAAAGAUCUGAGAGAAGAGUUUGUGUUAGGGAAGCUAAGUGGGAGAAGGAUUAUUGGAUUCAAUAUUUUUGCGGGGGUAUUGGCAAUUGUCGUGAUAACGUUGUUUGUUGUGAGUUUAGUGUAUCAAGCGUGA